UGGUUUCUCAAGGAAGCUCCGUGCCGUAGGUCCCCCAAAUCAUCCAGUUAGCAUUUGGGUCACUACUGCAGGAACCCCUCAAGGACACACAUUCAGGCUCAUGACCAAUGUGGUGGCUCCUCCAGACUCCCAGGUGGAAGUUCAGAGCACAGACAGAUUCGAAGCUUCUCCAGGGCAGGGCCAGGCCAGCUGCACGAAGGGUUAGACUCAGGGAUCUGAACAACAGUCUUUCUAACCAGCCAUGGCAUGCUGAUGGUGGUGGUUCCGUGAAGGGGCACGAGUUGAAAGCCCGAUGGCUGGCAAGAGGUCCUCCAGCAGGCGGCCCCUGCUGCUGGGGCUGCUGGUGACGGUGGCUGCUGUCCACCUCAUCACCUGUCCCUACACCAAAGUGGAGGAGAGCUUCAACCUGCAGGCAGCCCACGACCUGCUCUACCACGGACUGGAUGUGGACAAGUAUGACCACCACGAGUUCCCUGGUGUCGUCCCCAGGACGUUCCUCGGGCCGGUGCUGCUUGCGGCCUUCUCCAGCCCCGCAGUUUACGUGCUUUCACUGUUAGAAAUAUCCAAGUUUUAUUCUCAGCUAAUAGUCAGAGGAGUCCUUGGACUUGGGGUGAUUUCUGGACUCUGGACGUUACAGACAGAAGUGAGACGGCAGUUCGGGUCCUCAGUGGCCGCCAUGUUCUGCUGGCUGACGGCCACGCAGUUCCACCUGAUGUUCUACUGCACCAGGACACUGCCCAACGUGCUGGCCCUGCCUGUGGUCCUGCUGGCCGUCGCGGCUUGGCUGCAGCACCGGUGGGCUGGCUUCGUCUGGCUUUCAGCAUUCGCCAUCAUCGUCUUCAGGGCCGAGCUGUGCCUGUUCCUGGGCCUCCUGCUGCUGCCACCUCUCUCCAGCAGGAAGCUGCCUGUGCUCAGACUCCUGCAGCACGCCGUCCCGGCUGGGACCCUCUGUCUGGGACUGACGGUUGCUGUGGACUCCUAUUUUUGGCGAUACCUCGUGUGGCCAGAAGGAAAGGUGCUUUGGUACAACACCGUCCUGAACAAAAGUUCCAACUGGGGAACCUCCCCACUCCUGUGGUAUUUCUACUCGGCCCUGCCCCGCGGCCUGGGGUGCAGCCUCCUCUUUGUCCCCCUGGGCGUGGUGGACAGAAGGGCCCGCGCGCUGAUCCUGCCACCCCUGGGUUUCAUAGCCCUGUACUCCCUCCUGCCGCACAAGGAGCUGCGGUUCGUCAUCUACACCUUCCCGGUGCUCAACGUCGUGGCCGCCAGAGGCUGCACCCACGUGCUGAAUAAUUAUAAAAAGUCUUGGCUGUAUAAAGUGGGGUCCCUGCUUGUAAUAGGACACCUCGUGGCAAAUGCUGUCUACACAGCCACGUCCCUCUAUGUGUCCCAUUUCAACUACCCUGGCGGCAUCGCGAUGCAGAGGCUGCACAAGCUGGUGCCUCCCCGGACAGGUGGGUGCGGGUGUUGCCGGCCAGCCGCGGCUGCCUGCGGUGCUGGCACUGGUUCUGACCACGCAGGUGUCGUUCUCCCAGAUGUCCUCCUGCACAUCGACGUGGCCGCCGCCCAGACAGGUGUGUCUCGGUUCUUACAAGUCAACAGUGCCUGGAGGUACGACAAGAGGGAAGACGUGCAGCCCGGGGCAGCGGGCAUGCUGGCCUACACACACCUGCUCAUGGAGGCGGCCCCCGGACACCUGGUCCUCUACAGGGACACCCACCGGGUCCUGGCCAGCAUUGCGGGCACCACAGGUGUAAGCCUGAACCUGACCAAACUGCCUCCCUUUGACAUCAACCUGCAGACAAGGUUGGUGCUACUGGAGAGACUUCCCAGGCCGUCCUGAGAGCCAGGAAGAGCCAGUCCAGCCCUUCAGCAGCCACAGUCCCUCCAAGAACAUCAAGCUCUGUCAGUUCGGGCACAAUUAAGACAAUACGUAGAAACAAAUGAAAGAACCAUGAACAUGUCCCUGUACGCCCAAUGCAGCAGGGCCAGGCCUCCAUCCACAGCCAUACCUGGAGCAUGUGCUCUAGAGAAUGAGGGGCCUGGGUCUUGCUGGUGCCCUGGGAGCCACUGCCAAGGGUGAUGGUGGCCUGCUCAGAACUUCUGCAUGUUGUCAGGUGGGCAGC